AUGCCAUACAACUCCAGCGACUCGCACAGGAGCAUAGAUCCGGAUGCUGUACAUCAGAAUGGGUCUGGUUUAAAUGACACUACUAAUAGAUUGCAACCGUCAUACACUUCACCUUCGCAUAUUAGCGUGACAGGAGUUUAUCACACUAGUCAAACUAAAACACUUGAUAGUGAUCAAGUCCAAGGCGUGAUAUCUUCUACAUUAUCGGAUGUUGUGAAACAUAACACAGAUGGGAGUAUUUUCACCAAUGGAAUGGUGUCAACCUCACUUGAUUAUCCAAGUUCACAGAAGGAAGCCAAUCACAACGGGAAGGAUAUGCUCAACCAAAAUAAGGACGAUUUUGAUAUAGAUUCAGAUGUAAAUCAGACGAACAUUGAGAAGCCAGGUCAGAACCCGGAUGUUGAAGAGGCUGACAUGUCAGAGACCGUCCUAAUGUCAUCGUCAAUCGCUGCAGUAUUUCUACUGAAUAUGGUUUGCAUCGUACUGCUCAUUACUAAUAGGAGACGAAGAAAGCGGAAAAGAGAAGAGAAAGCUCGACAGGAAGCUAAUGAACGGUCCACUGUAUCGGAGUAUGAGGUCUACCAAUUAGCAUGUCCAUACGUCACACUGCCGUCAGCGCCAUAUAUAACUAUUACAUCUGGUCCUUAUGUGUGCACAUCCACAAUAUCUGAACUGGAAUCGGACAAAUCAAAAACCGAAAACAUGACGUCAUCAAGUGGUGCAGAGUCUGGGUAUUCCACUCUCCCGGAUACAAGCACGGAAAGCGUGAUAGAUUCUCAAGGCAGUGUGUAUGACGAUUGUCUGCAUAUUCCGCGGCCUCAUGUAAAGAAAGAUAUUAAUAAAAUAUUGGAUGACGCUGAAGUGACGUCAUCCGUAGCGACGACGUUUCCAGCAAAGUCACGAAAAAGGAGUAGUACAAUGACGUAUACUUCAGCUAAAGACAGUGACAUAAAAUAUUGGUUCUGUGAAAUACCAAGACCUAUAGUGUCGUUUUCUAAACUAAAACUGAAAAAUAACGUCACUUGGGGUACAUGGCCGAAAUUGGAGUCCAACCCCUAUGUUGAUUCAGAAGCUUCCACCACUGGUAACCAUACCUACGAGGAAAUUCUGCCUAGCAUCCAAAGUGAUACAUCAGUAUGA